AUGAGUAAUGCAGUCGAAGCGCAACCUCCGGUGGCAGGUAACGUCAGAGAGAUCAAGGACGAAUGGCCACCAGAGUUAAACGAAGCUAUUCGCGAUGCCAAUAGAAAACGAGGUGCAGGAAAAAGAAUCAGUUUCAAGCGUCUAGUCAAAGGCAAACAAUUACAGCAACAACAACCAAUGUACGAAAACUUAAUGUUGCUCAGUCCAAAAGACAUCAUUCAACAAUUUCGGGAAAUAAAACCAUUUGGAAAUGGACACAACCUAUCUGCUUUCAUAAAAUCAGCAGAGUUAGUCAUGGAUCUAUGUGGAAACAACAAAACGCUUUACGAUUUUGGACUACAAAUAAUUAUAAAUGAUAAAAUAGUUGGAGAAGCAGGAAUACAUGUACGAGAACUUGAAGACGAAGUUACAUGGCAGCAGAUAAAGAAAAAAUUAAAGGAACGGUUCAGAUCUCGAGUAUCUUAUGGCGAUAUUUUCAACAGGUGCCGCAGUAUUAAACCAGAGUUAGCCUUACAUGGCGAAUUAAUGGAACAAGCAAUUCGACAAGGGACUUUACUUAAAAUUAUGGUAAAUAAUUCACGUGGAAAGGAAUUUAAUAGGAAAUUAGCUGGCAUAAGGCCCUUCACAUGGAGUGGAGCUUCAUCUGAAGUUGAAAAUGUGGUCAGCUUAAAGACAAUUUGGUUUCUGGUUGGUUUUGUGAACCUUGUGUAUCAAAAUUUUGGUUUGGUGAUGUUUUUAUUACUACCGCAAUCGUUUCACUCCGAUGAAAUCGAUGAGCAGGAACAAAUAGCCAAAAUUGCUGAAACUAUAAGCAUUAUGUGCCUUACAUUUGUCUGUGUUUGUUACAUUUGGACAACAUUUUGGCAUGGAAAACGAUUUUCUAUUCUUAUGGAGCAGUUUCAGCUCAUAUUCCCAAGUAACUGUGUACAACAGCAGCAAAUCAAGUACAGAUUUAACCAAUGCGGAGCAACUGCCGGUUUUUACCGUGUACAGUAUUAUUAUGAGAAAUCACAACUUUUGAUGAGAGUGACAAAACUUUUUUUUAUGUCUGCAAUGAUCUAUUACAACUCUCUGCCAAUAGUUGAACUGACUUAUGAGGCAUUCUGGCCGAAUAAUAUUGUAAAGUAUCGUUACCAAUCGAAUACGUGGUACAUGUGGCAAAGUAUCGAGAAUCAAAAAUCUCUUGUUUCGUUUGUGGUUGCGUACUUCUGUCAGAUGUUUUCAUCCAUCAUUGGAGUUUCCUUUAUAAUGGCGGUUAAGUUUAUGCUGUGUUUCUUCAUAACUCAGAUGCAAAUGCAUUUCGAUUUCUUGGCAAAUGCAUUGGAGAAUUUGGAUGCCACCCAGCAGAACGCCAAUGAACGGCUUAAAUUCAUAAUUAGUUAUCAUAAUCGAUUACUUGAUUUAUCACGAGAAAUGAAUAACAUUUUCAAUGUCACAUUUUUGGUUAACUUUUUCACUUCAUCAAUUGCAAUGUGCUUAAUGGGAUUUUCUAUGUUGAUGAUUAGCUUAGCCCACGCCUUUAAAUAUUUUGUUGGUCUUUUGACUUUCAUCGUAUUUACCUUCUUUAUAUGCUAUCAAGGUAGUGAGCUAACAAGCGCAAGUGAAAAAUUGAGAAAUGCUGCGUUCCAUAGUAAUUGGUAUGAGGGAAACUUGCCGUAUCGCAAAAUGAUAUUAUUUUUUAUAAUGCGGUCGGAGAAACCUACUGUUCUAAGCAUUCAUAAAUUUACUGCAGUGUCCAUGCCAACAUUUAUGGCGGUUUUAAAAUUGUCAUAUCAACUGUUUUCGGUCUUUCGUGCAACUGCUUAA